AUGCGACUGUCUCUUAUCAUCUGCGCACUCAUUGGCUUCGUGGCUGCUCGUAACGUUAUCAUACACCCGCCCGAAAAUAGUGUAGAAGCACCUCACAAGAGCGGGACUAACGAAUGUCCCGCAAGAGAUUGGACGACCCUAACGAUCGUUGCGCCGAAAGAUGACAAGGGUCUCACCUUGGAGCUUGCGUGGUGCACGACUUAUAAGCCUGCGAGCUCUGGCAACAUGUGGAACAAUAUCCAAGCCUCAACACCCAAGACGUCAAUCGAAUUCGAUCAUUCAGAAAAGGCGGGCGGAUACGAAAUGAAUAGCUUCACCGUGCUUGGCACGGAUCAUCAUGGAAACCCGUUUUCAUUGGUGGUCGACUAUUACUUCAGAGCCAACGACAUUCAAUACGUCAAAGUAUUUGGCUUCAGCUGGGCCACGAUCAAUUUCAACGAUGACAUUGGCUACAAGCUCGCAAUUGACGGCGUGCCUCGUCCACACUACGAAUGA